AUGGCCGAACGUGGCCAUGUCGUCGAGUCCGACUUCGCCAAGAAUCUUGCGGAGAUGCGCGUGGCGGAGGCGACAGCUCAGGAAGACUUCAAGAAGGACAUGCAGGACCUGGAAUUGGAGAAAGCUCGCAAAGAGCAGGACGUGAAAUACAAAUCCCAGGAAGCAAAGCGCUUGGACGUGGAGCUGCAAGAGUUUCGGUCGGACUCGGACAACGUGCAGACAGAGCUGUCUGCCAUUGAGGAGUUCAAUAGUGGCCUGCAGGCGGAGUGCACAGUUACCCCGGAGUCCUACGAGGAGAGGCGGGCAAAGAGGCAAGCCGAGAUUGAAGGCUUGAAGACCGCCUUGGAGGCCCUGGAUGCAGAGAGCACAACAGGGCUGAUGCCGGGCUCCCAGAGGCAGUCGCAGAUCAGGCAGCAGCCCCUGUCGGCCCCACUUUCGCUCGUCGGGUCGAAGACGCCGAAUGGUCCGCCCACAUCGCUGCGCAGUGAGGCAGCGAGACUCCUGUCGCCGCUGCCCCACGCUCUGCUGCUGCAGACAGAGAACGCAGAGUUCUACGUGCUUUGUCCCAACGUCAAGGUGUUCAGGCCUGUGAUCGAUUCUGACCCGUUCUCCACUGAGCUCGUCUUUGCUCGUUCAGACUUCAAGUGGAACUGCAAUGCGCGGAACAAAAGCUUUCUCUACCCAGUUCACCCGACCUUGUCGUUCCUGCAGACGCCCACUCAGAACUCGGCGCUGUACUUGCUGCUCAUGCGAUGGCUCCACCGAAACUAUGGUGAAGCGGCUGCCUUGGUGAACAGCAUUGCAACGGAUGACCGACUGGAUGCCGGCGAAUCGCAAAUCUUCAACCAACUUAGCAUCAUCGGCGAUGCAGACCCGGACACCCACGCCAUUCGGCUGCAGAUCACCCUGGCCAUGUGCAAUGCACCCGGUCUGGAGUGGCCAUGGGAAAACUGCAAGGAGGUCGAAGGCUACUUGCGAAAGCUCUCGCACGUUUCAGCGCGCUGCCGGCUCUCCCUGGCCGAGGAGGUUCGCGUGUUGAGAAUCUGCUCAGACGAGCGCAAGCGGCGGGAACUCGUGCGCGCCGAAGUCAAGGCCAUGAAGCGGCAGUUUUGGGGCACCUACGGGAAGGUCAAGCUCAUGCGCUACCACAAGAUUCUGACCGAUGCCGCAGCAUCAGCGGAAGCAACUGCGCAGGACCAUCGCGAGCUUCAGGAGUGGCUGAAGCAUAUCCGCAAGAAGGUCCGCGCUGCCCAGCUUCCGGGCGGGCGCGAGGAGGUGAAAGAGGUGCUGACCCAAGUGUUGGGUGGCUGGGAGAAGGAGGAUCCGAUGACGUCUUUGAUGCUGGAGAACCGCGAAAAGUACUUGGCGGCUCUGCAGGACCUGACGCAGCGGCCCUUUACCGUGUCGUGUCCAGAGCGACCGAAAGAGUCCAAGUGGCAGUGUCAUCUGGAUCAGAAUGUGCUCAUGUGCUCCCUUUUCGACCUGCUCUUUGAAGUACUCGGCGCGGAGCUACUUCUGCGGGAAGAUGUCGGGGAGGAUUCCGAAGGGCCGGAGGUGCCGCUGAUGCGGCGGAUGUCUCUGCCCUUGGCCAUGGAGCAUGCCAAGAAGAUGGUGAAUGGAGAGUGCCAAAUCUCUGACACCGGCACGUAUGCCCUGCUGUAUUCUGCAGGGGUCCUCGGCUAUUUGAUGCGAUUUACAGUUUCUCUGGUCAAGACUUGGCACGUCUCCGGAGUCGCUCGUCGUGAUAUUCGGUGCAGACAGAAAAUACUCUGA